AUGGAGCCCACUGCCGCCGACCGGCAAAGAGACGAGGCCGGGUGCCUCGAAGACAGUGUCGUGACGUCAGCUGCUGACUCCGACGACGCCACACAUGGAUCGGCAACCAAGACAGAGGUCACCACGGUGUUGGCAGCUGACGCCAGCUGCAGUGUGACACCGCACGCAGACACUUCGGCGAGCCGACAGCAGUCACGAGUGUCCAUCGCUGACUCAGUGGCGGCACCGGCAUCGCCGACGACUGAUUCGUCGUCAGACCCGUGCCUCCUGUGCUGCACGCUCUCCGUGAUAAACGCCACCGAGCCCACGAUCAGGGUGUCCAGCACAGACACCAUUUCCGCCACUGCCAGCGAACCCCCAUCACCCGCACGCAGUUCCUCAAGCAGGACCCGACGAGGCCAGACACCCCCCGUGGACAGACCCAGCAAACCCCGCUCGACAGCGCAAGAUACUCAACGCUAG